CCUUCUGUUUGGCUUUUAGCAAAGUUCCAAUGGGCCGGUGAAGAAGUCCAUGCGGGAGAAGGCUGUGGAGCGAAGGAAUGUUAAUAAGGAGCACAACAGCAACUUUAAAGCUGGCUACAUCCCUAUUGAUGAAGAUCGUCUCCAUAAGACCGGGUUGAGAGGAAGAAAGGGCAACUUGGCCAUCUGUGUGAUUGUCCUCCUGUUUAUCCUGGCCGUCAUCAAUCUACUCAUUACGCUUGUCAUCUGGGCUGUGAUUCGCAUUGGGCCAAAUGGCUGUGACAGCAUGGAGUUCCAUGAAAGCGGGCUGCUGCGAUUCAAGCAAGUGUCUGACAUGGGUGUCAUCCACCCGCUCUAUAAAAGCACGGUGGGAGGAAGGAGGAAUGAAAAUCUGGUCAUCACUGGCAACAACCAGCCAAUUGUUUUUCAGCAAGGGACAACCAAACUGAGUGUAGAAAAGAACAAAACGUCUAUCACCAGUGACAUUGGAAUGCAGUUUUUCGACCCAAGGACACAAAAUAUCUUAUUCAGCACAGACUACGAGACUCAUGAGUUUCAUUUGCCAAGUGGAGUGAAAAGUUUGAACGUUCAGAAGGCAUCCACUGAGAGGAUUACCAGCAAUGCUACCAGUGACUUAAAUAUCAAAGUUGAUGGGCGUGCGAUUGUUCGAGGAAAUGAAGGCGUGUUCAUCAUGGGCAAAACCAUUGAAUUUCACAUGGGGGGUAAUGUGGAGUUAAAGGCUGAAAACAGCAUCAUCCUCAAUGGAACUGUGAUGGUCAGCCCAACGCGACUUCCCAGUUCCUCCAGUGGGGACCAGUCGGGAAGUGGUGACUGGGUGCGCUACAAGCUCUGCAUGUGUGCAGAUGGCACGCUCUUCAAAGUACAAGUAACAGGCCACAACAUGGGCUGCCAGGUAUCAGACAACCCUUGUGGAAACACUCAUUAGAAGCUCCAUCCCCAGGGGUCAAUAUGUUCUGAUCUCAACUUGACUUUUCUUUUCAUGAAUGCAUGUGAACCAUGUUUUACAGAGUUUGCCAUACCAUGUGUUUGAACUGGGGAGCACCACUGUAUCUAGUAUGUACUCUCCAUAUUUAAGGAAUUUUUGAGUGCCUAAAUUCUAAUAUGCUUUAUUAAGUUGCACUGACACUAAAAUGACAGUUCUCUAAAAUAACUACGAGAAAUUAAUAAAAUCAAAAAUAAUCUUGGGAGUGUUUUUUUAAACAUUCUACUAUCUCUUAUCUAAAGGACAAAGGGCUGAAGAGUUAAGACUCACUGUAAGUCGGUCUUUGGUUAUGUCCAAUGGGGAAAGAUCCACUAGAGAUGUUUGGAGGACACAAUGCCACUGUGCUCUUUCUUUUGGCUUUUAACCCAAAGCCACAUUUUCACAGACAAGUCAUUGAAGAACUUUCCAUAUAUGAACUUGUAAGAAACAGUGUUUCCUUAGUUUUGCACUAAAGAAAAUACUCUGUCAUGGAAUGUUUACUUGAAAUAAUGAUACAUGUAAGUAUCUGCAAUGUGUAGACAUUAAAACCCAAUCCCAGUCCUCACUGCUAUGUGGUAACAGUAACUGCCAUCACUGGGCCUCCUCUUCCCCAACACUGUCCUGGGCUUCGUGCCCUUACUCUAAUUCUCACUGCACCACUCUCAGUGAGUGCUUCAGUCCCAGCUUCACCCAUCAGGACAAUUAAAGUCAGAGAAGUCAAGGAACUUGCCCCAUACCACACAGUAAAGGAUAGACUUGAGGUUGGAAUUCAAGUACGAUUCUAAACUAGAUGAACCUGAUUCCAAAUGUGUUUCUGUCUUUUAUACUCUAAACUGAAUUUUCAAUUAUUUAAAAUUCUCAAAAGCUGGAAAAAGCCUAAUAGGUAAUAGCCUAAUUUGCCUAAUAGGUAAAAAUGAAACAUGUGUACUAUUCUAGUCACAAUACUAACAUGUUAGCAAAACAUGACCAAUCACUGUCAGAUUUUUAACUAUCUUGAGCCAAUUCCAAUCUGUCAUUUGAUAGACAGAUCUGCUUGGUCUGCUUGCAACAUGGGAGCACCUGAAUGAGUUACAGAGAGACCAGUACAGAUUUCCUUAAGCCCUGGGGAAGCUCAGUGGAAAGGGGGAGUCUAGGCCUCAAUAGGCCCUACUGCCCCGAUGCAUUUCCUCCAGUGUCCCAUACCAGCAUCACCCUUUAGAAGUAUACUGUGCCUAGAAACUAGUAUACACUAGGUUAAAGGGUGCUAAUGCAGGAGAUGAUGCAGGCUAUUUUAGCUAGGUAUAAAACUUUUAUCUCUGCUCCUCAUCUCACUGUCUCAUUGUUACUAUUUACAGCCCUCAAGCCAGUUGAUUCUUAGUGUAUUUUAUACUUGAUUUGAAAGGAAUUUCUGGUAUUACUAAGAUAUGUGGGAUCAGGGUCCCAGAAUACAUAGCUGUAAAGUAGACAGCAGGGAGGUAUCAUGGACCUAGCUACACAGAAAGACACUUGCAUUCUGUCAUGGUCACUUAGAACUGUGUGGAUAAGAAAAUCAAUAUAUAAAAUAAUUUGUGUUCAAUAUUGUCAUAAUUCUGUCAAAUGGAGAAACUGAAUACCUUAUAGAUUGUGAACUCAGGCUGAGGUAAGAAGUGGCUUGAGACCUGACACUAAGUGCAGGUUUUAGAUGUAAAGAAAGAGUGAUUUAUACCUUUGGAUAUAUUCAAGUAUUGUUUAAUAACUAAAAAGUGCUCAGAAAAAUCAUGUUUGAAAUUCUCAUUUCCAUGCUCAGUGUAUUUUUAAAUUGUACAUUUGUUACGUGUUCUUUUUAAAUCUGUUUUAAGAAUUUCUUUAAAUAAAUAUUUUUACUCAAACCACAGAACACUAUAUUACUAAGUAUUAUUUACUAAAUGCAAUUCAUGAACAAAUGUAUUUUUACAUUUCCUUGAAAAGCACUUAUGUUUUGAUACAUCUCUAUCGAGCACUUUAAUGUAAGAGGACAUCCUGAUGCUCUAUGAAGCCGGUGAUGCCUGGGGAUGACAUUUUAGAAUCCACUACAGUGAAGCACUGACCUGGAGUCUCUCCUGUGAAACCAAGCAAGAUCACAUUCUCUUGGUCCACAGUGAAGUCGG